CUCUCUGUCAGCGUUGAUAUAAAUAAAAACAGUAAACAACAAUGAAAUUACAUUGUAACGUCGAAGUACAUAACAGAGCAUUGCUUUCGAUGUCGCAAAGAAAAUCGCAACGUUCUGUAUUGACAAUUGGCAAACAAUCUGAUAAAGACGAUCUAUACAUUUUUCUGCAAACUUUGCAAAAUAAAAAAGGAACAAAAUACAAGACUCGUAAUAAUGUAGAAAAAGUAUUUACAAGAUUUAUUGAUGAUGGCAAAGCUACGAUAAGAUUGAAGGAACCCAGUCAUGAUUUAAUUAUUCAAAGUGAAGCUAUUCAGUUAAAAAGUUUCUUACGUGUAUUAAAACUCGGAUUAUUCAAGGUUGAUCAAUCAUCCUUUCCAAUUAUUUCGAAUUUAAGUUUGAAAAAUAUGGGAGGAUGUCAAAACAAUAAACUUGUAAUUAAAAAGGAUUCGGACUAUCCAGUGUUAAAAGGUUUCCCAAAAAUGUUAGAGGAACUUUCUGUAUUGGGAUUAAAGAAAAAAUCUUUUGAUCGACAAAUUCUGAAUUUGCAAUUUUUAAGAGUUUUAAAUUUGUCGAAUAAUCAAAUUACUUCUUUACCAAAGGAAGUUGGGUGUAUGCCACAUCUUCGAGAGCUUCUUAUAUCACAGAACCACCUAGGAAGAUCUCAAUCUAAAUGGAAAUGGAUUGAUCAAGCUGCCAUUAAGAAAAACUUGCAUUUGUUAGAUAUAAGCAGUAAUGUAAUAUCAGAAUUGCCAGUACAAAUUGGAGCACUAGAUGCUUUAGUGAAAUUACAAAUUUAUCAAAACUUAUUGAAAAAUUUACCACAAAGUAUUGGAAGAUUGAGAAAUUUGAAGCAUCUAGAAGCAGCUAGAAACUGUUUGUCACAUCUACCAGGAAGCAUGAGAAACCUACAAUUAGAUUAUUUGGAUCUUUCAAGCAAUCCAUUUCUUGUUUACAGACGUAAUACUUUAUAUCGUCACAUGCAUAUGACAGCAAGUCUUGUUGAGUGUGCAGCUGUAGCCUUCCUAAAGACCAGGAUACCAUAUGAUGCUGGUAUGCUCCCAAGAACACUUGUCCAAUAUUUGGAUAAUGCAACAUAUUGUAGUGUAUGUGCAAAUGGCUGUUUUAAUCGUUUCAUAAUGGGGUACCUGGAAAUAGAAUUAAGACGAAUAUCUUGUCAAACAAAGAUAACAGCAAAUGCAACCAUUUUAUUUGAAUGUUACUUUUGUUCAAAUAAAUGUAUACGUUAUUUUUAAAUAUUGGACUAGCAUUCUUAACUGCUAUUACACAAUGCAAUGUUUAUUAUGUAAAAAAGGAAUUAGUAUUUGACAUGAGUGGCUUUGCAUCUACCUUUAAUCAAUCCAUAAUUAUAUAUAUUUAUAAAAUAUUA